UCAUUAUAUAUACCACAUCACAUUUAUCCUAAAACAUGAAUCAUAGGCUUCAGCAUAUUUUUCCUUCCUAACAAAGGUAAUCUUGGCCAUCCUGGCUUGGGUGUGUCCAACUUUCUUCCAAGGGCUUAUGCCCUUGUGGUUUCUUGUAGGUCAUUAGUAUAUCUCAUAUCUCAGUAUUACCCAAUUUGCUAACUAUGCUUUGUUCUUUCUGUUCCCCUAUUCAAUCACGCAUCCUCUAAGAUGAUGUCUUCUUAAAUGCAUCUCGGAGGAGUUCAUCUCCCCCUACAUUACAGCCUAGUUGUGGAACCUUACACUGUCUCAGACGUUACACUGUCUUAGUCAUUUGCUCUCAUUUGUGCAUAUAACUUCCCCAUUAGUCUGUGAGAGCAAUGCUACUUGUUAACACAUGAGCUAUUAUGUGAAUAAAACAAAGAGUCCAUGAAAUAUAGUAUGGUUGCAUCCUAUGCAACAGUUCAUACUUAACCUCAGUGGUUUCUAUUAGUACUUGUCAGGGAAUAUCCUCCAAUAUCAUAGUCAGACUCCAAGAAAAACAUUUGCAUCUAAAUAAGGAAGUGCAAGUAGGUGUGGUCUCAGUUCAUAUACUCUGUUUUGCCUUUUGUUUGGUGGUGUACUCCAGACUGACAGUUGGGUUAUUUCCAGUUUUUGACAGUUAUGAAUAAUGGUGCUAUAAAAGUUAUAUUGAACUUUGUAUGUGAUAAUAAUUUUCAUUUGUUCUGGGUAGCUAGUAGUGGCAUUUCAGGAUUACAUGGUAAACCUAGAUUUCACAUUUUAUGAAACUGCCACACUUUUCCUGAGGUGCCAUGCAUACCACUUGUCUUCUCAUCUGCACUGUGUGUGAGUUUAGGGAGGUGUAUGUACAUCCUUGCCAGUGCUUAGUAUUGUCAGUUGGUUUUUGUUUUGUUUUGUAAAUUGGUAACAAUUCCAAAUAAGUGUACAGCUAGUUAUUUUUUAAUUUCUUUUUUUUUUAAACUUUUUUGUUUGUAUUUGACCUUGCUCAUGAUGACAAGUACUCUGCCCUCAGCCCCAUAUGUCACUAAUUCCUAACCUAAUUUGUCCAUCAAACUCUUGAAACUUGGAAGAAGAUACAGAAAAUGAAUCAUGAUGUCAUGGAAAGGGAUUUAUUUUAUACUCACUCUGUUUGGAGGGAGCUUUUUUGGAAGCAUUUUCAUGCUGGGACCUAUCAUACCUUUAGUGUUUAUAAACCCAUCUUGGUAUCGCUGGAUCAGCAAUCGCCUUGUGGCCACCUGGCUCACACUACCUGUGGCAUUGUUGGAGACCAUAUUUGGUGUAAAAGUGGUUAUUACAGGUGACGCAUUUGUCCCUGGAGAAAGAAGUGUAAUUAUCAUGAACCAUCGGACAAGAGUAGACUGGAUGUUCCUGUGGAACUGUCUCACAAGAUACAGCUACCUCAGAUUGGAGAAAAUUUGCCUCAAAGCCAGUCUCAAAAGUGUUCCUGGAUUUGGUUGGGCCAUGCAAGCCGCUGCCUAUAUCUUUAUUCAUAGGAAGUGGAAAGAUGACAAGAGUCAUUUUGAAGACAUGAUUAAUUAUUUUUGUGAUAUCCGUGAACCACUUCAACUCCUCAUAUUCCCAGAAGGAACUGAUCUCACAGAAAAUAGCAAGGCUCGAAGUAAUGAUUUUGCUGAAAAGAAUGGACUUCAAAAAUAUGAAUACGUCUUGCAUCCAAGAACUACUGGCUUUACUUUUGUAGUAGACCAUUUAAGAGAAGGUAAGAACCUUGAUGCUGUCCACGAUAUCACUGUGGCAUACCCUUACAACAUUCCUCAAACAGAGAAGCACCUCCUGUGUGGGAACUUCCCCAAGGAAAUCCACUUUCACGUGCAUCGGUACCCAGUAGACACCCUGCCUGCCUCCAACGAGGACCUUCAGCUCUGGUGCCACAAGCGGUGGGAGGAGAAAGAAGAGAGGCUGCGUGCCUUCUACCAAGGGGAGAAAAACUUUCAAUUCACAGGACAGAGUGUGAUUCCACCUUGCAAGUCUGAGCUCAGGGUCAUUGUGGUCAAGUUGAUGUCUAUACUCUACUGGACCCUAUUCAGCCCUGCAAUGUGCCUGCUCAUAUAUUACUAUACUUUCGUUAGGUGGUAUUUCAUAGUCGUCAUUGUUUUCUUUGUGCUGCAAGAGAGAAUAUUUGGUGGACUAGAAAUGAUCGAACUUGCAUGUUAUCGUCUUUUAUACAAGCAGCCAAAUUUAAAUUCCAAGAAAAAGGAGUAAGAGGGGUGAGUUCGCAAUGUGAAAACCCUAGGGAUAUUUUAGAAGUAGUUCUCGGCCUUUGUAAACUGAGAUACAUUUUUGCAUGACUAUGUCAAAUGUUUCUUACUAUCAUUAUUCGUUCAAGAUAUUUUGCACUUCAUUUUGUGCAGAAAAUAUUGCUACUUUUUUUUUUAAUCUCUGAAUGUAAUUUUGAUGCUGCGUAUAUAGCAGGGAUCGAUUGGGCCAGAAUAUUAUUAACAAUCACCAAGCUGUUAGCAGACGAGGCACGCACAGUUUUCCGAAUGAUCCAGCCCUAUUUCCUAAUAGACUCCCAGAGCCAGAGUCUGAACUCACAAGCACUGGCCCACCACGCGCUAAUACUUGACUGCCCAUCUCACCUCCUGAGGUGAGCACCCUGCCCCCAAGGUGCCUGGGCAGGUGAUGCCCAGACUCCUUCUUUGGGCACUGCCCUCAUCCUUAAACCCACUCUAUUUCUCUAGUGUCAGAAACUGGAACUUAACUAAUCACCGAGAGUGAUGUCCAGUUUGCUAGGAAGCGCUUUGUUCCUCCCAGUGUGUUGUGCUGACCGAGUAUCAGAAGACCACCUGUGCCCUUUCCCAUUGGAAAUCACGAGCACGCGUCUCAGGGAGCAACCACAGGCUCUCCACUUGGAAACCCUCAUUUGAAUUUUUAAAAGUAGGAAUUGAGCUUAAGGUCUCCAUUCCCGUCAGUCCUGCAUGCACAGAGCUGGCUUCCUUCCAACUUGUUGCCAGGUGUAACAUUUUCUCCAUUAAAAAUGGUACACAUGCAGUCUCAUACUUUUUUAAAGGCACACUUUGAGGAACAUUCUGUUUCUACAAACAGAAACUGUCUUGUGAAACAUUUCUUUAAAACUUACCAAAAAAGGAAGGUUUAUUGUGUGUUCCACGUGUUCAUGGGCUCCUAGCUUCUACCAUUAAAACAACAAAAAUGCCUACAAACAGGGCAGUAAUGGUUUUUUCCUGAAUUAGUCAACCGUGUACCCCUGAUGAACUGUAGUUUUAAAAUACAAAAUAAACCCUUUUCAAUGAUAGCACAGAAUCUCCUUUUUUUAGACCUCUCUCAAUGGUAAUAUUUAAGUCCACUCUGGACCACCAUGAUCCUUCUGGGGCUAAAGAAAGGAUUGUUAUUGUUUCCACUCCAUUGAAGCUUUAAAAGGCAAUUAAAAGUCAAUAGCUGUUGGCAGAUCUGUCAGUUUUCUUUACUCCUGUGUUGAUACAGCCUCUAAGGUCACUUCCUGCUUUAUGUACUCUUUGGGCAUGAAUGCCUUCUCUUUUGUGACAUCCCAUUUUAGCUUGGCAGUGAUUUUUUACUCAGCAGUUGAAUCAUGCGUGGUCAUGAAAGGUAAAUACACAGGAGCUGGACCUAGCAGAUUGUCUGAGAAAGCCCUAGUCGGACAGAAUGCUGUUUUUAUUGAAAGAGUAUUAACUAGUUACUCUAGUGAAAUGUACCAACUCCUAUUUCAGUACUGCUCCUUCAAAGCUGAUUUUAAUCCUGUUGGGAACUUACUAAUGAGUAUGAAUAUCCCCAACUGAGAUGUUUAACUUUGUGGACUUUAAGUUAAAAGAAAUAACUGUUUUUCCUUUCCUUAAUGAAAGAGUCUUCUAUGUUUCUGUGAGACUUCCUUGUAUUUAAACAUGGAAAUAGUUUAACUGUGUGAUUAUACUUGUCCCAGGUAAAAGAGAAAAGCCACAUCCCACCACGCAGAUAGGUAGCUCCCGUCCCUGUAGACUCCACGUGCUCUUAGGCAAGGUAGAACUCCCAUCGGCUUAUGGAUCCUCAAACUCUACAGCUUUUAGAUGAGAAAAUCUUUUUUUCUCUUAAAACAUGUUUAAGGUAAGACAACAAAUAUUACCUACCAAAAAUUUGUAAUUAUAAAGCUCCAACACCAAGGAAUAUAAACAUACUCUACUUGCUUCAUAAAUUAGAAAUACCUUCAAAAAACAAAAAGGUCUCCUUUUUAAAUUGCUUUUCAGUAUGGCUUUUUAAAUUAUUCCAUUUUAUUAAUUAUUCGUUCUUGCCUCUACAGUUAGCUGUGUUAACCUGUUUCUUCUUUUAAAAACAACUAAAAGAACUAUAGCUAAUGAUUUAGAGCCUAGGACUAUCCUAAAUGAGUACAAGUGUCUAGUGUAAAUUCAGGAAACCUCAGUAACUGUGACAGGCCUCAAAAACACCCCCUGCCGCACUCGCAUCCGUGGCCCUGGGCUCGGAGCAGCUGUGCGUCUGGCUCCCACAGGUCUGUGCCAUGUGCCUGCUCAGCCUCUAACAGUGAACUUGGUAGACUUUGAAAUGUUUGCAGUGCCACUUGUCUAGUUGCCAAAGGUACCAUUCUGAAAGGUUUGAAACAUACCAAGUGUGGUUUAUUUAUAACAUGGACCAAUUAUUUAAAAUAUGAAUCCAGAAGGAGGGGCACUGGCUAGGUGACAAGUUCUUCUCCCACACAUCAUUGAUGAAACAAACCAAAGGAACUCCAAAACACAGCUGAAGAGCUUGGUAGAAGAUUAAAAACUCACUAGAUAAAUAUUUGAAAGAGCCCAUCAUUUAAGACUGCCAAUAAAAUCUUCCUACUAUGCCCUCACAAUGCAGAUUCGAGAGGAAUAAAUAACAGCUUCCAUUUUAAAAUCACUUUGAGAUUAGUUACUUUAACAGCACUGUGUCAAUAAUCUGUAUAGCCAAGACUGAACUCUGCAGACAGGCAGACAUUUCCAUGUCACCUAGACUUCAUGCUCUGGCCCAACAACAAUAAUAAACCCGUGCACUCUUACAAUAAAGAGUAAUGGAGAGAGCCUGUUGGUGUUAAAUUGUUUACAUUUCUUUAUAUAAAUGAUGUGCUUUCAGUGCCUUAGUUACGGGUCCUUUUAUUUUUCUUGUUCCAAGAGUUCUGUAAAUAUGUUUCUUAGGUUAAGUUUCCCCCUGCUACUCACUGGGAGGAAAAUGGUCUGUGAAUGCCACUUGCUGGUUGGUAAACACUACUAUAUCCCAAUGUGAGAGGAGAGCUCGAUGCUAAGGUAGCGGUUGCCUUAGCGUUGUUUAUACUAUAGAUGAGAAAAGUUUUGCCACACUAGGAGCUUCAGAUUAGAUCUGGCCCUAAAGUUGUCUUGUAUUUACCUUAAAUUCUUAUUUCACAACAGAAUCUUGGUUUUUAUAUUACAUUUUUAAAGAGAUUAUAAUGUGGAAAACACCAAGUUUUAACUAGAACUCACAGAAUGGCCUUAGUUUUCAAUAUCUACUGGUAUGUUUUGAGUUGUGUUAUCUGUAAUAUACAUCCAGAAUAAAAUGGCGUGAACUAGA